AUGAAGACAAAUCGAAGAUGCAGAGCCCUGCUAGCAGUGAGCCUGAAUCUGAUGGCUCUCCUGUUCUCUACAACAGCUUUUAUCACGACCCACUGGUGUGAGGGCACACAGAGGGUCCCCAAGCCGAGCUGUGGGAAAGAGAAGAAGACAAACUGCCUCAACUACAGUGGGAAUGAGACUGCAAAUGAGACAAAUCAGAAUGUGGUUCAUUACAGCUGGGAGACAGGAGAUGACCGCUUCCUUUUCAGGUAUUUCCACACUGGGAUCUGGUACUCCUGUGAGGAAAAUAUCAAUGCUGCUGGUGAAAAAUGUCGAAGUUUUAUUGACCUUGCCCCGGCUUCUGAAAAAGGUGUCCUGUGGUUAUCGGUAGUAUCCGAGGUGUUAUACAUCAUGCUGUUAGUCGUUGGAUUCAGCCUUAUGUGCCUCGAGCUCUUUCAUUCAAGCAGUGUAAUAGAUGGGCUCAAGUUAAAUGCCUUCGCUGCUGUCUUCACUGUGCUUUCAGGUCUCUUGGGGAUGGUGGCACACAUGAUGUAUACUCAAGUUUUCCAAGUGACAGUCAGCCUUGGGCCAGAGGACUGGCGACCGCAUUCAUGGGACUAUGGAUGGUCCUUCUGUCUGGCAUGGGGCUCUUUCACCUGCUGCAUGGCGGCCUCCGUUACUACCUUGAACUCUUACACUAAGACUGUCAUUGAGUUCAGACACAAGCGCAAAAUCUUUGAGCAGGGCUUUCGAGAAGAGCAGAACUUCCUAGACCAGGAAGCCAUCAAGUACUUCAGAGAAAGGACUGAGGAGGAGAGGGCUGAGGCUGGGGACCUGAGGUUACAGUGCCUCCAUAGCUGCUCCCCAAAUAGGCUUCACAACACCCAGCUCUAA